AUGGCUUCUUCGUCUGUGCGACGCGCCAAAUUGUCCGUCCCGUCGUCGACCUCGUGGCUCUCGUCAUCCUCCCACGUGGUCGUCGCCGCGCUUCUCUGCCUCAUUGCCGCGCGUGCUGCUGCUGCUGAGUGUCUGGUUGGUUCCGGAUUCUACGGAGCUGAUUGCACCGCGUGCCCUGUGUGCCAGAAUCUCGGCACGUGCAAGGACGGGCCUGACGGCGACGGCACAUGCGCCUGCCCUCCCACCACCACGGGGCCUCUCUGCGAGCUCUGUGCUCCCAACUACGACCCUGAUACCAAGUGCACCACCAUUCUGGACGCCUGUGCAACGUACAUCAAUGACACGGCUGCGGACGACAGCGCGUUCGCCAAGUGGUGCAAGAUGCGACCCAACGGGGAGUGUGUCACUGAUUUCGACGCCGUGCCGACCCGCUCGACCUGCGGAUGCGUGGCGGGAUAUACUUUUGAUGAGGAGACCCAAACAUGUAUUGAUAUUAACGAGUGCAAGCUGAGGCCGUGUGUGGAUGUGAAGAACUCGGUUUGCGUCAACCUGGUGGGAACGUACAAUUGCACAUGCAACAAAGGUUUUGUGGCUACGCUUGUUGAUUCUCUUAGCAUAGUUCGCACGUGCGACAAGCCAGUUCCUCCUGUCACGACCAAGGUCAUGUUCCCUAUGCCUUGA